UCGGAUUGUGUAACCUGAAAACGGGCGUGUGGUUUUCUCAUCUGUGUAGUGGAUCGUGACUCUCACCAUGGCCAUCACACAAUUCCGGUUAUUUAAGGUUUGCACUUGCCUAGCCACAGUGUUCUCAUUCCUAAAAAGAUUAAUAUGCAGGUCUGGCAGAGGACGGAAAUUAAGUGGUGACCAAAUAACUUUGCCAACUACAGUUGAUUAUUCAUCAGUUCCUAAGCAGACAGAUGUUGAAGAGUGGACUUCUUGGGAUGAAGAUGCACCCACAAGUGUAAAGAUUGAAGGAGGGAAUGGGACUGUGUCAGCACCACAGAAUGCUUUGGAACAAUUGGAACCUGACUAUUUUAAGGACAUGACGCCAAAUAUAAGGAAAACUCAGAAAAUUGUUAUUAAGAAGAGAGAACCAUUAACUUUCGGCGUCCCAGAUGGCAGCACAGGUUUCUCUAGCAGAUUAGCAGCUACACAAGAUAUGCCUUUCAUCCACCAGUCCCCUGAAUUGGGUGACUUAGAUACCUGGCAAGAAAAUACCAAUGCAUGGGAGGAGGAAGAAGAUGCGGCCUGGCAAGCAGAAGAAGUCUUGAGGCAGCAGAAAAUAGCAGACAGAGAGAAGAGAGCAGCAGAACAACAAAGGAAAAAGAUGGAAAAGGAAGCACAAAGGCUAAUGAAGAAAGAGCAAAACAAAAUCGGUGUGAAACUUUCAUAACAAAUGCUGUAUGUUCUUCAGAUGUCACAGUGCCAGUAGAACUCUGAGCUCCAUAGUUCAAGGACCAUUUGUAUGGACUUAAAGAGUGUUUUCAGAAUACAAACACACUGCUUGAUUUUAAUGCAUUCAUCAAGUCUCCGGGACACCAGAAUCCUCCCAAAGUACUUUGAACUCUUAGUGGUUGAGACU